AUGGCACCACGUCAGGACCCACAGGUAAAAAACAAAAAACUGUUGAAAGUAUGUCUAGUAUGUGAACAUUUUAGUUAUAUUAACUUAAACUUGGUAUCUACUUUCUAGCUAGCUAUGACAAGUAUCUGCUAACCCUGUUCUUGCAGUUGGAGAAGCUGGUUGAUGAGGUGCUGAAGAACAGCAAUUUUCAGCCAUUGGAUGACUUCUUGCAAGAUCAUGUCGAGGGGACAACUUUGAAAUGUUCCAAACAAUUCCUCGCCAAAUUGGACAAACUUGUUAGUAGGGUAAGGAUGGACUGUAACGUUACAUUAUUCUGCUCAACUCACUAGCUAAAUGAUAUGUGUCUUUGGAUGCUGUUGCCCAGGAGUAAUCCCAUUUGUGAGUAAAUGCACUUUAUUUGCAAGUAGCUAGCUAAGGACAGUCUAUUCACAUUCCUCCCUGUUUUGGUUUAGUAUUUUAUGUGGAUACAUGUUUUCUUACCUUGUUUAGGAAUUAGAUCACAGAAAUGUCAAGCAUGCUUGUUUGGGACUCGCCAUCCUGCACAAAUUUGGGAAAAAUCUGGCUUUACCUGGAGGUCAAGGCUUAUCUUGGAUGGUACUCCAAGGUCUUGUCAAAAAGAUAAGUAUUUCAACCCUAUUAUACACCCAGUGGCCAGUGACCCGUUCACGAAAACAGUUUGCUCCUACAGACAGUGAGUCACGUGGCCGUGGCUUGCUAUAUAAAGCAGGCAGACUGGCAUCGAGGCAUUCAGUUACUGUUAGAUUGAAUGUUCGAAUGGGCUAAACGAGUGACCUAAGCGACUUUGAGCGUGGAUAUGAUCGUCGGUGCCAGGCUUGCCGGUUCCAGUAUCUCAGAAACAGCCGGCCUCCUGGGCUUUUCACGCACAACAGUGUCUAGGGUUUACCGAGAAUGGUGCGACAAACAAAAAACAUCCAGUCAGCGGCAGUCCUGUGGGCGAAAAACAGCUUGUUGAUUAGAGGUUGAAGGAGAAUGGCAAGAAUCGUGCAAGCUAACCGGCGGGCCACAAACAGGCAAAUAACGGCGCAGUACAACAGUGGUGUGGAGAACGGCAUCUCAGAACGCACAACUCGUCAGUCCUUGUCACAGAUGGGCUAUUGCAGCAGACAACCACAUCGGGAGUGGGGUUCAUCUCCCAUCAGCUAAAAACAAGAAGAGGCGGCUCCAGUGGGCACGCGAUCACCAACACUGGACAAUUGAGGAGUGGAAAAACAUAGUCUGGUAAUCCCGGUUCCUGUUGCGUCAUGCCGAUGGCAGAGUCAGGAUUUGGCGUAAGUUGCAUGAGUCCAUGGCACCAUCCUGCCUGGUGUCAACGGUACAGUCUAGUGGCGGUGGUGUAGAGGUGUGGGGAAUGUUUUCCUGGCACACGUUAGGUCCCUUGAUACCAAUUGAACAAUGUUUCCAUGCCCCGAAGAAUUCAGGCUGUUCUGGAGGCAAAGGGGGGUCUGACCCAGUACUAGGUGGGUGUACCUAAUAAACUGGCCACUGAGUGUAUAUGUCCACCCUACAUUUACAACCAUAUUAUAUCUGGAUUAUGUUUAUUGUAUGAGCUAUACUUUAUGUAAAUAUAUUUAUAUUGAGUGGUGGAUUGUGUAUCUGUCUGUCUGUGUGCACAUGGUGCAGUGGUUUGAGAAAGCAAGGCUGUUGUGGAUCGAGGCAUGCACACAGAGGAAUGAGACCUUGCUAAACCUCGCUGAAGACUUAUUUGACUCUGUAAUGGUGAGCAUUGAAUGUGGAAAUACAGUCAAAUGUGCUUGACCAGACAAUUGCUGUUUAUAAAAUAGUUAAAUAAUUGAAGUAGUUUAUUUUCCAGCUAACGUAAAAAAAAAUUAGCAUUUUAGCUGUCAUUAUCUGCAGCUUUGUUUUUCCUCCAAUAGGUUGUUCAUGAAUCAAGUCAAGAGGGUAUGUGUGCAUUUUAAAAAAAAAAAAAAAGUUUUUGCUCCUCUUGUCUUAUCAUAAAACAUGCUAGGACACAAGCAUGUCUGUGUUUAAUUGAGAGCUUUGUUCAAUACAUUAAAUUAACCAAAUGUAUUACUGUAUGUGUUUUAGGAACAUAUCAGGUCACUGAAUGCUUUCUACAUCUCAUUGGCCAGCUGGCUGCAGACCCAAGAGUCCACAUAAUGAUCCAGAAAGAGGUGAGGGAGAGUUCUUUCAACAGAGACCAAAGUAAUGCCACAUUUCAAAAGUGUAGAAAGAAUAUGGCCUAUAAAGUGAUCUACAUGGGUUCAGCUGCAGAAGUUACUACUAUAAUGCAUUAUAUUAUGUUUUGCAUUAUUGAGGCAAAUGAACCAACUUGGGUCUCUUUGUCCAAGUCUUUGAAAGGGAUUGUGUAGCUCAAUGACAUGGUUUUAAACUUCAAGAUCCUUUUUGAAUGAAAUUUGAAACGUGAUUAUAAGGUACAUUGACUUGAGUCCAUGCCAUUUUUCAUAGGCUAUUCGGAAACUGAACAUCAUUCUGGAUAAGAUCCCCGCGGAGCUCAAGAAGGAGAAGAAGAUCUUAUCGUCUCAAGAGGCCUCAGAUGUCAUGUAUGUGAUGCCGAGGACUGUAUCCUGAUACAUUCAAUUCUUUACUUCAACUGAUGGAUGUAUUCUAUUUAUCGUACUGUGGCCAUCUGUAAUGCCCUGUGUCAACAGAACCCCACAGUAGGAUAACUGGUGGUCACCUAUAUCAAUCAUUUGAUAUGAUAUUGAUAUGAGCGAGGCAUGUCGUGACAUAGUUUAACCAUUGAACUCUAUUGAUUGGUUUGUCUGGUUGGUUUGUUGGUUGAUUGGUUGACUGGUUUGUCUGCUUCAUUCCACAGGAACAACCUGGCCAGUCGAAUUGUAGAGGGUGGAGGUAAUUGCCCCGCCAGUGCCCUGUUCUGGCAUGCGUUAGAUUUGAACCAUCACAUUGGGCACUGACGUCAUUUCAACUUCUAGUUUUGAUUUACAUUCGGUUGAGUUGUUGUGAAAUCCAUUUCACCGUGUCAUUGGAUUUAGGUUAAAAGUUGGGUGAAAAAAAUAGGAAAUUCCCUUACGUUGAUUACUUUUUGCAAAUCUAAUCAGUUUUCCAUGCUGAUUUAACGUCAUCACAUUUUUUGUUGAAAUGACAUGGAAACAACGUUGAUUCAACCAGUUUUUGCCCAGUGGGAUGCUUACAUUAGAGGCCACACACAUAUACAGACACUUUUUCUCUCUCCCCCCCCCCCCCCCCCCCCCUUUUCUCUCUCUUUCUCUUUCUUCUCUGUAGAUUAUGACCUGCAGAUAGCCUUGAUGGAGGCCCUGUGUAGGAUGACCACCCGUGCACAGCGGAAGGAGCUGGCUGACCACUGGUUCUCCAUGGAGUUUGUUGCCAGCACCUUCAGCAAAAUUCAGGACUCUGAGUUUGAGACGGUAAAGCCUGGCCGUUAUAGCCAAACCCAGGCCGGGAUUCAAACCAACCCAGAUUUGAAACAACAUCCCACUGGGUCACACUGGUUGAAUCAACGUUGUUUCCACGUCAUUUCAAUGAAAUUACAUUGAACCAACGUGGAAUAGAUGUUGAAUUGACAUCUGUGCCAAGUUGGAUUGCACUUGAAUUUACAUUGCGUUGUGCAGAUGUGAUUCGGAAGUUUAACUGCAAAUCUGCAGGCUUGUUACUAGGUAGAAUUAGUCUAAAUUAGUGAAAGACAAUGCCAUAUGGUUGAAAUGAUCAUAUACACUGAGUAUACAAAACAUCGCAUCGGGAUGAGACAGACAGGCAGGCAUCUUUUCUCAGCCAGUCGAAAUUAUGAAUCAGCAUCAUUUUUAUGGAUAUAUACAAAUAACUAUCAAUAGAAAACAGGUCAAACGAAACGAAGUGCAGCUAGUUUGCUGUCUUUCCAGCUUCAGUUUGAAGUGAUUAUGUUAGCUGUGUUGUUGGCUAGCUCCUCUGAACAAGUGUCCUGACGAGACGGCACAUUUUCUACGCCAGGUGAAAUCGCGCAUCAUUCGCUCAUUGUUAUGGAUGUAUCCAAAUAAAUGUAAUUAGAAAAAAAAAACUGCUAAAACAAACGCAAAUUCAGCUACUUUGCUGUUAUUCUGGCUGCACUGUUUGACGUGACUGUAAGUUAACCGUAGUUGGCUAGCUAGCAAGCAAGGGAUAAGAACGCUGCCAGCCAGUAUGGCAAUUGAACAUUUAGAACGAACGACUGGAUUGUGUCCAUAGAUACAGAACAAAAAGACUGGGUCGCGUAUCUGGCAACUGAACCGAUAGAACGAACGACCAGCCGGCUUGGGUAGCAACCCGAGACUGGAAGGAUGGAAUAGUAUGAAUAAAUUAAUCAAAAUAACAUUUUUAAUGAAAAUAUGUAAAUCAUUAUUUGAAUAUGUUGGUAACCCAUUGUUACCAAGGAUAUAUUGGCACCUGUGCCAAUAUAUCCUCCAAACACCAGCUUUGAAGGCAUUAUCACUUAAUUACAUGUAUUCUAUAAUGCUUAAUGGGACAAUGUGCAACGUGUCUAUUUUUGCAGGACUGCCGCAGGUUUCUAAACCUGGUGAAUGGGAUGCAGGGAGAUGGGAGAAGGUACACAGACACACCUUUGAUUAGUGAUCACACUGUAAAACUCAAACGGCUCUACUACUACAGUAUAUCACAACAUAUCCCUGUUGUUUUCCUGCCCCCAGAGUGUUCUCCUACCCUUGUCUGGAGGUGUUUCUGGACAAACAUGAGGUCAGUCCCUACACACACACACACACACACACACACACACACACACAGUUAAUGCAUGGAAGCCAAAUGUUUUGCAUAAGUGUGACGUUUUUCAGUUGCUUAAGAGAUAUUCAACUUGGCCGAUUGAGUCAACAGUGAUGUGUGCCCCCAGUUGCUGAUGCCCGCAGAUGAGAAACUGGAGGAGUUCUGGAUCGACUUCAACCUGGGAAGUCAGAGCGUCUCCUUCUACUUCUCUCUCCCCGAUGAGUAUGCACAGGUACUGCUGACACUUUACAUGACUGUGAACACUAAGGGGUGGUUUCCCGGACCUAGAUUAAGGCUAGUCCUGGAUUCAAAAUCAUUCUCAAUGGAGAAUCUCCAUUAAAGUCCAGAGCCAUGCUUAAUCUGGGUCCAGGAAACCACCCCUUACCGACCGAGGUUUAUUUGACGGACAGUAAUGCACAAAGUGAAAUGAGUCCUAAUCUGAAUGUUGAUCAAAUCUACUUGACAUAGCCACAUGGCCUACUUUUUCUAUCUUGUAUAAUCUGUAUAAUAUAGUCAUCAAUUCCUCACUCUACCAUUGGCAGCAUUGCAUGUUAUAUUUGGAAUUGACUUUCCCUCAGAGUCCGAGUCAAGAGUCCGUGUUAGGUGGAUAGGAUAGAUUCAGAAUUAGGGGGAUCAGUUGUAGAACUGGUUACCGUUGCAGGUCAGCAAAACAUUUGUAUUGGAAUUUUUCCACAGGAAGGUCAGUGGGACACAGCCUGCAUCCCUGAGAAUGAAGUCCACAGUUACACGGUCACAGGUAACCAAACAUAUAUGGACAUACACUCACCUUUUCUCUCAGCCCACAAGCCAUAGCUAGCCAUCUAGUAGGGUGGAAAGAAGGUGUUGCGUAGAACAGAUACGAUCAUCCACCAUGUAGAAAUAGGGAAUGGCGUCAGCUCUAUUCAAUACAUUUCUAUCUGCAACGUUUCGGCACAUUUCAUAUAGCUGAAAACGCCCUGGUGUGUGUGUGUGUGUCUGUAUGUGUGUGUACGGAAAACACACUGGUGUGUACGUGAUUGUGUGUGUGUGUGUGUCGUGUGUACUGAAAACUGCCUCCCUGUCUGUGUGUGUGUGUGUGUGUAUGUGUAUGUGUGUGUGCUCUCUGUCUAGAGGAGGGUAGGAGGAGGGUGCUGAAGCUGAAGCUGUUGGAGCCACUGUGUGUGAGCGGGGUGGAGGGCUCCCACCUCACCAUCCACUUCAGCUCCUCCCUGGACAUCCUGCAGGCAGCCAGGAGCGUCUACGGACACAAGAACAAAGUAGGUAGCGUUUCUAUCUAACGCGGUGUAUUCAUUAGUGUGUACCGUGGAAAAGCAAAUGAGAGUUUCUUAUUGGACAAGUUCAGGUAGGUCCUUCCCCGGUUCGCCAGGUUUUGUUCCGUUUGGUUUCUAGUGAAUACGACCCUGCUAACAGGAGACAAGUUGGCCCCAAGCCUGAGAACUGUGGCCCUAUGUAGUGUCUUACUUUACUUUAAUACACUACUUAAGUAGUUUUAUUGGGUAUCUGUACUUUACUUUACUAUUUAUAUUUUUGACAACUUUUACUUUUACUUCACUACAUUCCUAUAGAAAAUAUUGUACUUUUUACUCCAUACAUUUCCCCUGACAACCCAAAGUACUUGUUACAUUUUGAAUGCUUAGCAGCACAGGAAAAUUGUGAAAUGUACGCACUUAUCAAGAGAACACGUGGUCAUCCCUACUGCCUAUGGUCUGGCGGACUCACUAAACACAAAUUCAUAUUUUGUAAAUCAUGUUUGAGUGUUGGAGUGUGCCCCUGGCUAUUCGUACAUUUAAAAAACAAGAAAAUGGUGCCAUCAGCUUUGCUUAAUAUAAGGAAUUUGAAAUUAUUUAUACUUUUACUUCAACUUUUGAUACUUAAGUAUAUUUUAGCAAUUACAUUUACUUUUGAUACUUAAGUAUAUUUAAAACCAAAAACUUUUAGACUUUUACUCAAGUAGUAUUUUACUGGGUGACAUUCACUUUUACUUGAGUAACUUUCUAUUAAGGUAUCUAUACUUUUACUCAAGUAUGACAAUUGGGUACUUUUUAUACCACUGAGUGUCUCGCAGUAGGAGUGCUGGUCUAGGAUCAGCCUGUACAUGUAAUCUUAUUCUUUGUGAACUACAAGGUAAAACUGAUCCUAAAUUAGCACUCCUACUCUGACACCUAUGACCCCUGGUCUUGGAUCAGUAUUUAGCAGCAGUACUGAGUGACAGCCACGUUUGAGUGACAGCCUUAUAGUGAUAUUAGUGAACUUUUUCCAAAUCUGUUGCCAUCUUAAAAGGAUCAUUAACUAAUAUCACAUUUUAAAUAAAUUGGGAAACAAAAGUCAAUUUCACAGUGUUAAAAAAAUCGUUAUCAUUGCAAAUGAGUGCAUACUUCACAAAUCAAUCCAUGAUAAUAAAUGUGUUUUUUGGCCUAACUGUUGGAGGCUUACAGUGCAUUCGGAAAGUAUUCAGACCCCUUGACUUUUUCCACAUUUUGUUACAUUACAGCCUUAUUCUAAAAUUGAUUAAAUCGUUUUUUUAGAUCUACACACAAUACCCAAUAAUGACAAAGGAAAAACAUGUUUUUAGACAUUUUAGCAAAAAAUAAUAAAAAAUAACUGAAAUAUCACAUUUACAUAAGUAUUCAGACCCUUUACUCAGUACUUUGUUGAAGCACCUUUGGCAGCGAUUACAGCCUUGAGUCUUCUUGGGUAUGACGCUAUAAGCUUGGCACACCUGUAUUUGGGGAGUUUCUCCCAUUCUUCUCUGCAGAUCCUCUCAAUCUCUGUCAGGUUGGAUGGGGAGCGUCGCUGCACAGAUAUUUUCAGGUCUCUCCAGAGAUGUUCGAUCGCGUUCAAUUCCGGGCUCUGGCUGGGCCACUCAAGGACAUUCAGAGACUUGUCACUCCUGCAUUGUCUUGGCUGUGUGAUUAGGGUCAUUGUCCUGUUGGAAGGUGAACAUUCGCCCCAGUCUGAGGUCCUGAGUGCUUUGGAGCAGGUUUUCAUCAAGGAUCUCUCUGUACUUUGCUCCAUUCAUCUUUCCCUCGAUCCUGACUAGUCUCCCAGUCCCUGCCGCUGAAAAACAUCCCCACAGCAUGAUGCUGCCACCACCAUGCUUCACCGUAGGGAUGGUGCCAGGUUUCCUCCAGACGUGAUACUUGGCAUUCAGGCCAAAGAGUUCAAUCUUGGUUUCAUCAGACGAGAGAAUCUUGUUUCUCAUGGCCUGAGAGUCCUUUAGGUACCUUUUGGCAAACUCCAAGCGGGCUGUCAUGUGCCUUUUACUCAAAUCAAAUUUUAUUUGUCACAUACACGUGUUUAGCAGAUGUUAUUGCGGGUGUAGCAAAAUGCUUGUGCUUCUAGCUCCGACGGUGCAGUAAUAUCGAACAAGUAAUAUCUAACAGUUUCACAACGUAUACCCAAUACACACAAAUCUAAGUAAGGAAUGGAAUUAAGAAUAUAUACAUGUAUGGACGAGCAAUGACAGAGCGGCAUGGACUAAGAUACAGUAGAAUAUUAUAGAAUACAGUAUAUACAUAUGAGAUGAGUAAUGCAAAAUAUGUAAACAUUAUUAAAGUGACUAGUGUUCCCUUUCUUAAAGUGGCCAGUGAUUUCUAUAGGCAGCAGCAGCCUCUAAUGUGUUAGGGAUGGCUAUUUAACAGUCUGAUGGCCUUGAGAUAGAAGCUGUUUUUCAGUCUCUCGGUCCCAGCUUUGAUGCACCUGUACUGACCUCCCCUUCUGGAUGAUAGCGGGGUGAACAGGCAGUGGCUCGGGUGGUUGAUGUCCUUGAUAAUUUUUUUGGCCUUCCUGUGACAUCGGGUGCUGUAGGUGUCCUGGAGGGCAGGUAGUUUGCCCCCGGUAAUGUGUUCGGUAGACCGCAACACCCUCUGGAGAGCCCUGCGGUUGCGGGCAUUGCAGUUGCCAUACCAGGCGGUGAUACAGCCCAACAGGAUGCUCUCAAUUGUGCAUCUGUAAAAGUUUGUGAGGGUUUUAGGUGCCAAGCCAAAUGUUUUCAGCCUCCUGAGGUUGAAGAGGCUCUGUUGCGCCUUCUUCACCACACUGUCUGUGUGGGUGGACCAUUUCAGAUCGUCAGUGAUGUGUACGCUAAGGAACUUGAAACUUUCCACCUUCUCCACUGCCGUCCCGUCGAUGUGGAUAGGGGGGUGCACCCUCUGCUGUUUCCUGAAGUCCACAAUCAUGUAAUUUGUUUUGUUGACGUUGAGUGAGAGGUUAUUUUCCUGGCACCACACUCCCAGAGCCCUCACCUCCUCCCUGUAGGCUGUCUCGUCAUUGUUGGUAAUCAAGCCUACUACUGUUGUGUCGUCUGCAAACUUGAUGAUUGAGUUGGAGGCGUGCUUGGCCACGCAGUCAUGGGUGAACAGGGAGUACAGGAGGGGGCUGAGCACGCACCCUUGUGGGGCCCCAGUGUUGAGGAUCAGCAAAGUGGAGGUGUUGUUUCCUAAUUUCACCACCUGGGGGCAGCCCGUCAGGAAGUCCAGGACCCAGUUGCACAGGGCGGGGUUCAGACCCAGGGCCUCAAGCUUAAUAAUGAGCUUGGAGGGUACUAUGGUGUUGAAUGCUGAGCUAUAGUCGAUGAACAUCAUUCUUACAUAGGUAAUCCUCUUGUCCAGAUGGGAUAGGGCAGUGUGCAGUGUGAUGGCGAUUGCAUCGUCUGUGGAUCUAUUGGGGCGGUAAGCAAAUUGAAGUGGGUUUAGGGUAAGGUAGAGGUGAUAUGAUCCUUGACUAGUCUCUCAAAGCACUUCAUGAUGACAGAGGUGAGUGCUACGGGGCGAUACUCAUUUAGUUCAGUUACCUUUGCUUUCUUCGGUACAGGAACAAUGGUGGCCAUCUUGAAGCAUGUGGGGACAGCAGACUGGGAUAGGGAGAGAUGGAAUAUGUCCGUAAAUCACCAGCCAGCUUGUCACUCUACCAUAAAGGCCUGAUUAGUGGAGUGCUGCAGAGAUGGUUGUCAUUCAGGAAGGUUCUCCCAUCUCCACAGAGGAACUCUGGAGCCCUGUCAGAGUUACCAUUGGGUUCUUGGUCACCUCCCUGACCAAGGCCGUUGUCCCCCGAUUGCUCAGUUUGGCCGGGCGGCCAGCUCUAGGAAGAGUCUUGGUGGUUCCAAACUUCUUCCAUGUAAGAAUGGUGGAGGCCACUGUGUUCUUGGGGACCUUCAAUGCUGCAGACAUUUUUUGGUACCCUUCCCCAGAUCUGUGCCUCGACACAAUCCUGUCUCGGAGCUCUACGGACAAUUCCUUCAACCUCAUGGCUUGGUUUUUGCUCUGACAUGCACUGUCAACUGUGGGACCUUAUAUAGACAGGUGUGUGCCUUUCCAAAUCCAAUUAAUUGAAUUUACCUCAUGUGGACUCCAAUCAAGUUGUAGAAACAUCUCAAGACUGAUCAAUGGAAACAGGAUGCACCUGAGCUGAAUUUCUAGUCUCAUAGCAAAGGGUCUGAAUACUUAUGUAAAUAAGGUAUUUCUGUUUUUUAUUUGUAAUGAAUGUAAAAAAAAAUGAAGAAAAAAAACAACUGGUUUCGCUUCGUCAUUAUGGGGUAUUGUGUGUAGAUUGAAAAAAAUGUAUUUAAUCCAUUUUAGAAUAAGGCUCUAACGUAACACAAUGUGGAAAAAGUCAAGGGGUCUGAAUACUUUCCGAAUGCACUGUAUAUCUUGGGGCGAUGUACUGAUACGAAGGCCUGUUUCCUUGUUUCCUGUCAGUCGUUUGUGGGCAAGAGCAGAUCCUCUGUCGUGAAGACCACAGUCAAGAUUGUUAUGGAUGACAACUGCUCCCAGGUAAGCAUUGGCAUCCUGUGUAGUCUACUCCCUGUUCAUCUUGCAAUCAGACAGCAAUUGUACGGUGAAAAGGCAGAAGAAUCUGCACUCUCGGAUAGUAGUGAUAGUUCAUACAGGGUUCUCCCCAAAGACUGUAAGAUUGGUGCUGUCCCUACCUUGUGGACUGUCUGUACCACUAUGUAAAAAUAAAUAAAUAUAUUAGUUACAAAAAACGAAUAUAUAUAUAAUUUAUAUAUUUUUUACUUUAUUUGUUAUCAUUUAAGGCCAGGCACCACACCCUAAUGGGGUAUUUAUUUUAGCUCUAGAUUGCAGGAAAUGGGGCAGUUAUAGGUGUUUAGAAACACACAAAAAAUGACUUUGGUAUUAUUGUGUGUAGCUGCGUUUUCUAGCUAACUACCUAGCUAGCCAGCCAGCCUUUCUAGAGAGAGCAUUGCAUUGUGGGUUUUGUGGUCAAUUUGCGCUCUGCAGAUUUCCACAACAAUUUUCACGUUGCUUCAUAACUUACAACUCCAAAAUGCAAAAACAUUUCACAACAUAUAUUGUUCUCGCAUAUUUGCAUUAUUUAACAAUGUAAAUCAUAGGAAUUUGUGGUUUUCAGUGGAUUAUUCUUUAAUAUAAAACAGUAUUGGUGUUCCAACACACAGCAAAUGUCUUCACACCACCACAAAUGCCAAUGUGUUUGCCCUAUGUGAUUGCAUUGCCUGGGAAAUGUUAGGAAGGAGACUGAUAGACAGUCAUAUCCAAACAGGCUCUUGUUCCCGAGAGUCAGAUGUCCCCCGAUGCUGACGUGGAGAGAGAGAGGGACCGUGUCCCCUGUCUGCUACCCCCUCGUCCCGCUGGGCCUUUACAGGUAAAUAAUAAUAAUAUAAUAUGCCAUUUAGCAGACGCUUUUAUCCAAAGCGACUUACAGUCAUGCGUGCAUACAUUUUUUGUGACUGAUAACUAGCUAGUUACUUCCCAGUGGUAAUCUGAGUGUGGAGUAUUUAAUGCCAUGUAAAGCUAGGCACAGUGUACUCCUGUAAGUGGACAAAGACCGCAGGACACCAGUUAGUAAAUACCAUUGGUGGCUUGUGUGAUAUUCUGAGUAUGGUCUUAUAAGGAAAUGCACACAUACACACACUGUUCGUGUUAUCCCAGAUGGUGACUCCAGCCAAGAGGAGGGUGUCAGAGUCCAGCACAUUCAUCACCAGCAGCGGAGGAGGGAGGGGGACAGGAGCCAGCCCCUUUAGCAUUGUUAUGGCAGCAUGUGGGUACCCUGCAACGUACACUACAUGGCCAAAUGUAUGUGGACACCCCUUCAAAUUAGCAGAUUCAAUUAUUUCAGCCACACCCACUGCUGACAGGUGUAUAAAACCGAGCACACAGCCAUGCUAUCUCCAUAGACAAACAUUGGCAGUAGAAUGGCCUGUCAUAGGAUGCCACCUUUCCAAAAAGUCCUGCCCUGCUACAGCUGCCCUGGUCAACUGUAAGUGCUGUUAUUGUGAAGUGGAAACGUCUAGGAGCAACAACGGCUCAGCCGUGAUGUGGAAAGCCACACAAACUCACAGAACAGGACCGUCAAGUGCUGAAGCGCGAAGCGCAUAAAAAUAAUCUGUCCUCAGUUGCAACACUCAUUCCCGAGUUCCAAACUGCCUCUGGAGGAAACGUCAGCACAAGAACUGUUCGUCGGGAGCUUCAUGAAAUGGGUUUCCAUGGCAGAGCAGCCGCACACAAGCCUAAGAUCACCAUGUGCAAUGCCAAGCGUCGGCUGGAGUGGUGUAAAGCUUGCCGCCAUUGGACUCUGGAGCAGUGGAAACACAUUCGUUGGAGUGAUGAAUCGCGCUUCACCAUCUGGCAGUCUGAUGGACGAAUUGGGGUUUGGCGGAUGCCAGGAGAACGCUACCUGCCCGACUGCAUAAUGCCAACUGUAAAGUUUGGUGGAGGAGGAAUAAUGGUCUGCGGCUGUUUUUCAUGGUUCGGGCUAGGCCCCUUUGUUCCAGUGAAGGGAAAUCUUAAUGCUACUGCAUACAAUGACAUUCUAGACGAUUCUGUGCUUCCAACUUUGUGGCAACAGUUUGAGGACGGCUCUUUCCUCAACCCCAUCGAACACCUAUGGGAUGAAUUGGAACGCCGACUGCAAGCCAGGCCUAAUCAACCAACGUCAGUGCACGACCUCACUAAUGCUCUUGUGGCUGAAUGGAAGCAAGUCCCCGCAGCAAUGUUCCAACAUCUAGUGGAAAGUCUUCCCAGAAGAGUGGAGGCUGUUACAGCAGCAAAGGGGGGACCAACUCCAUAUAAAUGCCCAUGAUUUUGGAAUGAGAUGUUCGGCGAGCAGGUGUCCACAUACUUUUGGUCAUGUAGUGUAUAUCUGCCUCAACCUAAAGACUGUAGAAUAGAGUAGAAUGGAACAGUACUUUAUUAUUUAGUUCUGUUAACCUCUAUAGGAUCGGUGUCCCGCAAACGGGACGGUUGAGCUAACGUGCGCUAAUGUGAUUAUCAUGCCUGUCGUAAGUAACAGCAAACUGUCCAGGACAUAGACAUGUCUUGUAUGGGCAGAAAGCUUAAAUUCUUGUUAAUCUAACUGCACUGUCCAAUUUACAGUAGCUAUUACAGUGAAAAUAUACCAUUUUUGAGGACAGUGCACAACAACAAAAAGCUUAUCACGGCAACUGGUUUGAUACAUUCACCUCUGAAGGUAAGUAAUGUACUUACAUUCAGUAAUCUUGCUCUGAUUUGUCAUCCUAAGGGUCCCAGAGAUAAAAUGUAGCAUAGUUUUGUUUGAUGAAAUCCAUUUUAUAUAUUCAAAUGUAGGAACUGGGUUCUACAAUUUGAACCCCUGCUGUCUCUUGUUCCACACCCACCCCGCCCUGCCAUCUAGAUGUGUGAAAGUUAGUGUAUAAGCUAAUGAUCCAUCAUGUAUGACAUUCCUGGUAGUGUGUAAACUUACAUUUUGUAUUACCAUAUCAUUUUUGUAUGUUCUAUAUAGUUAUGUACUUGAAAAUGUAUCAAUUGACCAAUUCGGCACAUUUGGGCAGACUUGAUACAAAAUAGUCCAGUAUUGCAAUGCUUCCCUGGAUCAAUCUGAAACUUUGCACACACACUGCUGCCAUCUAGGGGCCAAAAUCAAAAUUGCGCCUAAACUGCAAUAUUAUAUUGUGGCCUUUCUCUUGCAUUUCAAAGAUGAUGGAAAAAAAGAAUCAUUAGAAAACACAUUUUUUGUUUGUAUUAUCUUUUACCAGAUCGGAUGUUAUAUAUUCUCCUACAUUAAUUUCACAUUUCCACAAACUUCAAAGUGUUUCCUUUCAAAUGGUAUCAAGAAUAUGCAUAUCCUUGCUUUAGGUCCUGAGCUACAGGCAGUUCGAUCUGGGUAUGUCAUUUUAGGCGAAAAUAGAAAAAAAGGGUCCGAUCUGUAAGAGGUUAAGCGAUUCUUCUUUUUGCUUUCUCUUUGUUGAAUGCUGUGUGUGUGUGUGCGUGUCUGUGUGUUUUAACGUUGCUCUUUGAUGCAUUCCCCUCUCCUACUUUAGCCACUCCCUGGGGCAGCAGGCCCAAAGUGAAGCCGGCUAUGGAGCUGGUCAGGUCGUGUGAGAGGCAAGGCCAGUCGGGCCUGGGGGAGCUGAGGACGGCCAAACCCUGCUACAAUGCCGCCCCUGGCAUUACACUGAGCGACAGCAGGAGGGAGCAGGUGCAGAAGGACUUACUAUAGAAAUGGAAUUACAUUUACAUUCGUGCAAUCAUUAUAUGAUAUAUGCUUUUUAUUUAUUUUUAUUUACUGUACUACUCAGUACUGGCCCAAUCCUAACUGGAAAUGUGUGUGUGUGUAACUAUUUUGUGUAACUGACAAUCAAUCUCACUGUCAAUGGGAGAUUUGAGUGAAAAUUCCAGAUGCACAUACAGUGCCUUCGGAAGGUAUUCAGAACCCUUAACUUUUUCCACAUUUUGUUACGUUACAGCCUUAUUCUAAAUUUGAUUAAAUAGUUUUUUCCCCUCAUCAAUCUACACACAAUACCCCAUAAUGACGAAGCAAAAACAGGUUUUUAGACAUUUUGCAAAAAUACUGAAAUAUCACAUUUACAUAAGUAUUCAAACCCUUUACUCAGUACUUUGUUGAAGCACCUUUGGCAGCGAUUACAGCAUAGAGUCUUCUUGGGUAUGACGCUACAAGCUUGGCACACCUGUAUUUGGGGAGUUUCUCCAAUUCUCAGCAGAUCCUCUCAAGCUCUGUCAGGUUGGCAGGGGAGCGUUGCUGCACAGCUAUUUUCAGGUCUCUCCAGAGAUGUUCGAUCGAGUUCAAGUCCUGGCUCUGGCUGGGCCACUCAAGGACAUUCAGAGACUUGUCCCGAAGCCACCCCUGCGUUGUCUUGGCUGUGUGCUUAGGGUCAUUGUCCUGUUGGAAGGUGAACCUUCGACCAAGUUUGAGUUCUUGAGCGCUCUGGAGCAGGUUUUCAUCAAGGAUCUCUCUGUACUUUGCUCCGUUCAUCUUUGCCUCGAUCCUGACUAGUCUCUCAGUCCUUGCCGCUGAAAAACAUCCCCACAGCAUGAUGCUGCCACCACCAUGCUUCACCGUAGGCUUGGUGCCAGGUUUCCUCUAGACGUGACGCUUCGCAUUUAGGCCAAAGAGUUCAAUCUUGGUUUCAUCAGACCAGAGAAUCUUGUUUCUCAUGGUCUGAGAGUCUUUAGGUGCCUUUUGGCAAACUCCCAACGGGCUGUCAUGUGCCUUUUACUGAGGAGUGGUUCUGUCUGGCCACUACCAUAAAGGUCUGAUUGGCGGAGUGCUGCAGAGAUAGUUGUCCUUCUGAAAGGUUCUCCCAUCUCCACAGAGGAACUCUAGAGCUCUGUCAGAGUGACCAUCGGGCUCUUGGUCACCUCCCUGACCAAGGGCCUUCUCCCCCGAUUGCUCAGUUUGGCCGGGCGGCCAGCUCUAGGAAGAGUCUUGGUGGUUCCAAACUUCUUCCAUUUAAGAAUGAUGGAGGCCACUGUGUUCGUGGGGACCUUCAAUGCUGCAGACAUUUUUUGGUACCCUUCCCCAGAUUUGUGCCUCGACACAAUCCUUUCUAGGAGUUCUACGGACAAUUCCUUCGACCUCAUGGCUUGGUUUUUGCUCUGACAUGCACUGUCAACUGUGGGACCUUAUAUAGACAGGUGUGUGCCUUUCCAAAUCAUGUCCAAUUAAUUGAAUUUUUGCUUUGUCAUUACGGGGUAUUGUGUGUAGAUUGCUGAGGAUAUACAGUGGGGAGAACAAGUAUUUGAUACACUGCCGAUUUUGCAGGUUUUCCUACUUACAAAGCAUGUAGAGGUCUGUAAAAAAACGUCAUAGGUACACUUAAACUGUGAGAGACGGAAUCUAAAACAAAAAUCCAGAAUAUCACAUUGUAUGAUUUUUAAGUAAUUCAUUUGCAUUUUAUUGCAUGACAUAAGUAUUUGAUCACCUACCAACCAGUAAGAAUUCCGGCUCUCACAGACCUGUUAGUUUUUCUUUAAGAAGCCCUCCUGUUCUCCACUCAUUACCUGUAUUAACUGCACCUGUUUGAACUCGUUACCUGUAUAAAAGACACCUGUCCACACACUCAAUCAAACAGACUCCAACCUCUCCACAAUGGCCAAGACCAGAGAGCUGUGUAAGGACAUCAGGGAUAAAAUUGUAGACCUGCACAAGGCUGGGAUGGGCUACAGGACAAUAGGCACGCAGCUUGGUGAGAAGGUAACAACUGUUGGCGCAAUUAUUAGAAAAUGGAAGAAGUUCAAGAUGAGGGUCAAUCACCCUCGGUCUGGGGCUCCAUGCAAGAUCUCACCUCGUGGGGCAUCAAUGAUCAUGAGGAAGGUGAGGGAUCAGCCCAGAACUACACGGCAGGACCUGGUGAAUGACCUGAAGAUAGCUGGGACCACAGUCUCAAAGAAAACCAUUAGUAACACACUACGCCGUCAUGGAUUAAAAGCGCACGCAAGGUCCCCCUGCUCAAGCCAGCGCAUGUCCAGGCCCGUCUGAAGUUUGCCAAUUACCAUCUGGAUGAUCCAGAGGAGGAAUGGGAGAAGGUCAUGUGGUCUGAUGAGACAAAAAUAGAGCUUUUUGGUCUAAACUCCACUCGCCGUGUUUGGAGGAAGAAGAAGGAUGAGUACAACCCCAAGAACACCAUCCCAACCGUGAAGCAUGGAGGUGGAAACAUCAUUCUUUGGGGAUGCUUUUCUGCAAAGGGGACAGGACGACUGCACCGUAUUGAGGGGAGGAUGGAUGGGGCCAUGUAUCGCGAGAUCUUGGCCAACAACCUCCUUCCCUCAGUAAGAGCAUUGAAGAUGGGUCGUGGCUGGGUCUUCCAGCAUGACAACGACCCGAAACACACAGCCAGGGCAACUAAGGAGUGGCUCCGUAAGAAGCAUCUCAAGGUCCUUGAGUGGCCAAGCCAGUCUCCAGACCUGAACCCAAUAGAAAAUCUUUGGAGGGGGCUGAAAGUCCGUAUUGCCCAGCGACAGCCCCGAAACCUGAAGGAUCUGGAGAAGGUCUGUAUGGAGGAGUGGGCCAAAAUCCCUGCUGCAGUGUGUGCAAACCUGGUCAAGACCUACAGGAAAUGUAUGAUCUCUGUAAUUGCAAACAAAGGUUUCUGUACCAAAUAUUAAGUUCUGCUUUUCUGAUGUAUCAAAUACUUAUGUCAUGCAAUAAAAUGCAAAUUAAUUACUUAAAAAUCAUACAAUGUGAUUUUCUGGAUUUUUGUUUUAGAUUCCGUCUCUCACAGUUGAAGUGUACCUAUAAUAAAAAUGACAGACCUCUACAUGCUUUGUAAGUAGGAAAACCUGCAAAAUCGGCAGUGUAUCAAAUACUUGUUCUCCCCACUGUGUGUGUAUAUAUAUAUAUAUAUAUAUAUAUAUAUAUAUAUAUAUAUUUUUUUUUAAUCAAUUUUAGAAUAAGGCUGUAACUUCAAGGGGUCUGAAUACUUUCCGAAGGCGCUGUAGAUACUGCAAUACUCACUUCGGGACUAAUCCUAACUUCCAUUUACGUCAGAUUUUGACUCAAUAAUACAUCGAUGCCAGUGGGAGACUAAGUGAAAAUUCAACUUAAGUUGAAGUAAGGAUUUGUCCCUUAGAGCAAUGCACUUGACAGUAGAUGGAAACUAAACCCUCCAGCAGCAUAGGCAGCAGCACUGAGGGGCAAAUCCUAACUUCAACGCCAUUCGAAAUAUCACUCCCAUUGACAUCAAUGCAUGACUGAGUGGAAGUUAGGAUUUGCCCCUAAGAGUUUCUUUUUUUUUUUAUCAGAUGGAUGCUCCAUCGCAGAGCAAAGCUACCAAGCAGGACACCAGAGCUGGACCUGUGGCAGAGAAAUACCGCAGGGUUGGUCUGGUCUUUCUCCUAACUGAUAGGAGUGGUAGUACAACAGAUAGCAGUUUUUCAUUGAUAAUCGUACUAGUAGCUGUAUCAAUAGUAGUAGUAAGUAAGUUCUAGGUAGCCUUGUCCCAUGCCAGAACAGCCCAUAGGACAGGAGCCUAUUUGCUGUUUCUGUAGCAUGAGGCAGCUUUAUGUACAAGUACACGUCCUGGACAGUACACUCCUAAUAGUAGUGGUAUUGCGAUAUUCCAUCAGUAGUAAUAGUAGUAACAAUAGUAAUAUUGGAAUAAUAAUAACACAUUUGUAGAAGGGUUUCUGUUAGCCGGCAAUUGCCGGCUUUUGGCCCCCAAAAAAUAAGUGACAAGCCGAUGAAUAUAACUUUUGCCGGCCAAAAUGACCUGGGAGAAAGAAAAUCCCAUUGCAAAAUAAUGCUUUUUAUUAAUUAAUGGAAAUACCAGUCGAUGGAAAUACAUUUGACCAUCAUGCUUAUCGGUCUAUAAGUUAAUUAGCAUAAUUUAGUGGAAUUAAACAUGUAUCUUAUUUAUCUAACGCAACUAUCACACGCGCACAGCAUACAGAGCCUAUUUUGAGCGGGAUUUCUCCUGCAGCUCCUCAGAUGGUUGCCACUGGAGUAAAACAUGCUUUUAUAAGCCCAUUCAUUGUGCAACAAUUCUAAAUGCAAUCGUGUGUUAAAAACAGUUUUGGUGCACGAUUAAAAAGAGCUGCUAUUUUUAUUUCUCAACUGGUAAUUGAAGUGCCUCCCAUUAACCAUUCAAGUGCAGGCAACAUGCUAUCAACGCAUCACCCACCACUUUACAAUGUGAGCUGGAGGCAGUAUGCAUUUUGAAAACAUACUUAAUUGUUUGAAACCUGAACGUUUUAAUACAUAUUAUGAGGCAUGUCUUUCCUUGCUUUGAAGUAGCCUAUAGGCAAAAUCUGUAACAUGGAAACGUGGAGGCAGUUCUUUUUUAAAGACUUCAUAGGCUCGGGUGAGUUUCAAGUUUGGGGAAGUUUACAAUUUAUCCUACAAUUUCUACCAUUAUGAUUUUCAUAUGCAAAUUUUCGUGGAACAGUUUCAUUUCAAUAAUAACGUUUUCGUUUCUGAAAUCAUUGUUACGUGGUUAUCAUAAAAAUCUGAAUCAAAAUAAUGAAAAUCUAAAAGUUAAAAGUCAACUAAUGUGAGAACACCAGUCUCUGCAAUAUGGGCACAUUGAUACACCGUGAUCCGUUGGCGGCUAAAGAAAUGAGCGCAUGGAACUCCUAGCCUAUAGGCCAAUGCAGCAGUAGGCCUAUAACUUGAAUUGCUCUUUCAUACCGAGGAUUGGUGAUUAUCAAGGGGGAGAUUGUUGGAAAUAUUUUUCAAAUAGAUUACUGUGAGAAACUAUAGAUUUAAUAUAUUUAUAAUUUGCAAUGGAUGUAAAAAACUAAAAUGUUCCUACAUUUCCGUGCAGCAGGCGUGCUCAGGUGCACGUGCUCCCUCAACAUUAUCAGGACAGAAAAACCACACAUGCUCAUUGCUUACAUGGAGCACUCCAAACAAAAAAAACUAAUCUCGUAAAUAAUGGUUAUGAAAUAAACCAAAACUUGUUUCUCACAAGUGUAGCAGGUUGUGAACUCUGCAAACAACGUUUACACUCUGAGAAUGAGAACGGUAAAUGACUGUAAUUAUGAAUACAUGCACUAACAGAAAUGUAUGUAACCAAAUGAUGGGUACAUUUACUUCUGGUGACAUGUAAUGGGGAAUUGAUUACAAUUUUUUUAUCUAAGGGCAAACAAUUCACACAAUGAAACAAUGAAUGCGCAAGAAUUGGCGGAAGACAGCUGAGCCAUUCUGAAGCGAGACUCGCCUAUAUCUUCACCACACCCCUUCUUCUUGUCUCAACAUUUUAAAUUAUACUCAAGACACAUUAUCUUCACACGUAUUUUAGAUGCUUUUCACAGACAGCCACAACUCAAUAAUCAGCUAGGCCUAUUGCCACGCGUGCUGCCCAAAUUUUGGGCUUCCCAAAUAGGCAUAGGCCUAGGAGCUUGUGAUUUGGAACAAUCCACAGCUGUUUUUUAAAAGAAGCUAAUGAUCCUUGAUUCCUCUGUGGCUAAGUCAUGCUUUUUGGUAAAGUAUAGACAGGAGUAAUUAUAUCAUUUUGGCAAAUGUAUUUCCAUUUUCCUCCCUGUUGGACCCACUGCUAUGCCAUUUCUCUCCUGUUCUAAUGGUUUUCAUAUCAACUUUCUUUCAUUGUCCAGAAGCCAAAGGCACAAUCCUAGUCAUAUUAUCAACCCAUCCUAGUUGUUGCAACUUUAGAUUUCCCCUCUUUCUAAGUUUUUAACAGAUUUUAAUCUCUCACAUAUGGAACUGCUAUAAGGUGCGCUGUGUAGAAUGGUGUUUUCCCAUGUGCGCUGUUUAGAAUGGUGCUUUCCCGCGAAUUGCAUUUUAGCAAAUGUUUGAAAAUGAUGUUUUAUUGGCUGCUUCAUUACAUGAGUUGCAUGUUCUGUUAAGACGCAUUACCAUAAUCUAAAUCAGAUUUCUGUCAUUCUGAGCACUGUGUUUGGACGCCAUAAUGAGUUAUGCACCCAAUGCAUAUGGGUCCAGUACAUUUCUCAAAUGGCCGGUAAAUUAAAAUCUUCCCGGUCACGUUGUCCGGCGCCACAUUUACCUAACGGAAACCCUGAUUUGUAGCUAUGGUCGUAGUAGUAGCAUCUGUAGUGGUAAUGCUAUGGUCUAUCAUUAUUAGUUGUAGCUGACUAACUAGGAGCAGUAGCAGGAGGUAGUGAAGUAGCAGUAGUUUCAUUAUUGUACCGGUACUCGUCUUGCAGCACAUCCCAGUGGACAAAGUGGUGGAGAUGGUCCAAACUGACCAGGCGGAGGAAGAGGAGCUUCUUGGUACAGUUUCUCCACACUCUCUUUCUAUAUAUACAAUGACUGUGAUAUGUGGUUGUUCUACCUCAGUUGAAUGCACUGACUGUUUAGUCGCUCUGGAUAACAGUGUCUGCUUAAUGACUAAAUUUAAUUUAAAAUAAAAUGUAGACUGGUUGUGACAGUUAUUUGGGCAUUCACAUUUUCAAUGUAACGCAUCUCCCAUAGAUGUAACAUAAAUGUAAUGACUGUAAACAGUCUUUAAACCCACCUUUACCCUCAUUCCGUCUAAAAGACAGCAGCAUUGUCCCUGACUCCCAGCCUACCAUGAAAACAGAGAGAACUAUGUAAGUACAUGGACUUUUAUGUCUCUGUCAAUCAAAUCACAAUUUAUUUAAAGUAAGAUUUUGACUCAGACAUGUUUACUCAAGGUGGAGCUUUUAGACCACAUAUCAAUGUAACAGUGUGUGUAUGUGUGUGUGUGUGUGUGUGUGUGUGCACCUGUGUGUGUGUGAACAGAUUCUCCCACUGGAGGAAAGUGUCUGUGUCUGAGAUGCUGCUGCCGGUACAGAGAGGCUUCCAGAAGGCACUGCCCAAACCAGGUAAUCUUCCCCAAGUACUUCCUCCUCCCAAUCCUCUACAGUAUUCUACAAUUAUUUUCACAAUAUUUGCAGGACCUACUUAGUUAAAAAGAGUUAGACUUUAAAUAAAUACUUUUAUAAUUAUAAAAAUGUUGGUAGGAAUACGGUAUGUAACUGAAUUUAGAUGAGCAUUUAUGAGUAGGUAGGUUGGUAAACUUUAGUAAUCUGCUUACUAAAUCCACACUAACCAAAAGACUCAUAACACCUGCUGCUUUUACUGAAAUGCCUCAUAAGAACCAUGCAUGCACAGGGUCUCCAAUAGACCUUAUUCACGCUGCGGCCAUUGUUGAUUGACCGACCAUGUUCAGCUUCUGCGGUGAUGUUCAAAUGUUCUCCUUAAAAUGAUCACGAGUAUUGCAUCGUACUGUAUGUAGGCUACAUCUUUGAAAACAGAAUGUUUUUACCCAAAGUGGAUUUCUGUUUUUUUAUUGAAAACGUGUUUAUUGUUCUCUUGGGCUUCGUCAGAGCUUUUAAACUAAAUUCGAAACCUUUUUUUGAUUUCUGCAUGUGUCUGCACCGGGGACUCUGGAUGUGGCUGCGUUAUUGAUGUCAUGUAAAUCAGGCCUUUUGAUUUGAACUAGGGCUGGGCGAUAUCGCCAAAAUAUCAUAUCACGGUAUUUUAAAAAGAAUUGACGGUAUUUUAUGUUUUUGAAUAAUAAAGGUUCUACAUUUGCUUUAUGAGUAGUAUGUGACCCUAGGGUGGCAACACAUACAUUCUAUGUGAUGUCAAUGGGUCUUUCUCCAUUCUGAUUGUUUUAUACUGUUCAAUUCAGCUUCAACCCAAAAUAAUUUUCAGCAUUUUCAUCAAUUUCUGCAUUUCCUGCACUAAUUUAAGAUAAUUUCCACACUGCCACGUAAGGUUGCACGAUAUGGGCAAACAAUCUAGGCCUUAUUUUAACCAAAUGUUGCAAUUGCGAUUUCACUUGAGAUUUAGAGCAAAACACAUUGGUGAACUGUUGGAAUCAUGGAAAUAGAAUGAUUAUUCAAAUGUUAUAGUUGGAAUAUAAUAGUGGACACUUUGAAUACAGUUGUUUGACAUGACAAAGAAUGAAAAUGCCAGGGAGGAGUUAUUGUGACAGGGUAGGAACCAAAGUGUUGACAAGUGUUUUCUAGGGGACCCUAUAGUCUGACUACAUCAGGGUUCUUCAAUUCCGAUUCCUGGAGGGCCGAAACACUUCUGUUUUUUAUUUCUACCUGGUAGUUAAUUGCACUCACCUGGUGUCCCAGGUCUGAAUUAGCCCCUGAUUAGAAGGAGAGGAUGAAAAACAGAGGUGUUUCGGCCCUCCAGGACCGGAAUUGAAGAACCCUGGACUACAUUGAAUGUUUUCUCUUAGCUACUUCAUGUAGCUAACAUAUUCAUGCUUUGUGUAUUCCUCUUUGAUUUAGAAUAUACUGUUGCACAAACAAUAUGCUGAUUUAGGUCUACACGAUCACUGGUAUUAUCAGCUAGCCAGCUAGCUAGCGAUUAGCAUUAGCAGCGAACAAGAUUUAGGCUCAACUUGCUAAGAAAAGACAAACUAGCUGUUUGCAGAUGUAAGAAACACAAACGAAUAGUGUAGUUUUAGAACACCAGUGGAUUUAUAUUAAGAAGCAAAGUGAAAAAAGCAUCAUUGUCAUCAACAUUGUUGCAUGUGCUGCAUUGACCAUACAGACUGAACGCAAGUGUCUCGUGGUCGAGGAACAACAAAUGCCCUCCUUGAGUGAUGGGGCGGGGCUAGGUCUGUGUGGAAAGCGGCAUGGAGAGAGAGAGAGAGAGAGAGAGAGAGAGAGCGGAGAGAAAUGACUCAAGUAGUGAAAUAAACUAUAAAAAUGGACGUUACAUACGCUGUAUCCCUUUUAACAAACCAAACAUUCAAAUACCGUUAUAGAAGGUAAAGUAAAAACCCAAACCGGUCCAUGCAUCAAUACCGUUAUAUCGUAAAAUACUGUAUACCGCCCAGCCCUAAUUUGAACAUAUGGAUUGUUUUAGUUUUGUAGGCUAUGCUAUGUAUUUAAUUAUUUAAUUUAUGGAUCAAGCCUUCGCAGUCUUUCUGAUCUCUUUCCCAAUGAUCAGUGCUUUAGUUUAUUAUGUUGCUGUCCAGCGGUUCUGAAUUUGCGAUGCACCCGACUGCAUCAUGUUUUUCUGUGCAAUAGCCUUUUGAUUUGACCAUUUGAAAAGUUUUGGUGUGUGUACUAGGCUAUUUGAUUUAAUUUAUAUAUGUAAAUAAAUAUGUUUAAAUGGAACCAAAUGAUUAGUUUCUGUCUUCAGUCCUUUUUAAAUAGGAUAGAUGACCUAUAUGGGCUACGGUAUAGGUCAAAUGUGAUAGUCUGCCUAUAACCAGCCUGAGUAGGCCUAUAACCCCAUUCCGAUUCUAUUCAGAGUUUAGAGAAAUUAAUCGAAUUGGAAAUGAGCCAUUAUCAGGCUGGUUAAUGCGAUGCAUGUCUGUUGAAUUUGGAAAAAUCCACCCGCACUCGGCCCCGCCCCACCUACUCAGCCAGUCAGGAGCCGCUACUGCAUUGUGGCUGUGGCAUACUGCAUACUUUUUAUUAAAUGGUACAUGCUAAAUUGUAUGUGACGAUGAGUACAUAGUAUGCAGUUUAAGUAUGUAAUACGCUAGUAUGGGUAUUCGGACACAGACAAUAUUAUUCGAUUUGGAGAACUCAGAAGAACAUUGCCAUCUGCCAUGGUUUUAAAAGACGACCGUUUAUUAGCUACCCGCACUAGCCGUCUAUGGUAGAGCGUUCAGCUGUGUAUACUUUGAGGUCUUACUGAAAGUGUUUCCCUCCGGUGUCCAGAACCUGAGAACGUAGAGCAACAGGAGCAUCCGUCGUCUGCCCAGAGAGGUUCUGGGUUGGUCCCUGGGUCAGCAGUCGGCCACAAGCAGCUCCACACCCAGCUCACCCAGCGCCUGGAGGAGGUCCUCCGCAAGAGGGACCGGGGUACUGGGCCCGAGGAGCGAGCUGGAGCCCAGAUCAGAAUGCCUGAGGAGCGAGGUGUGGCCCAGGACCGAGGGUCCCGAGAGCAAGCUGGAGCCCAGGGAAGAAGAGGGCCUGAAGAGCGAGAUGCAGCCCAGGGAGGAAGAGGGCCUGAGGAGCGAGAUGGAACCCAGGGAAGAAGAGGGCCUGAGGAGCAAGGUGGAGCCCAGGGAGGAAGAGGGCCUGAGGAGCGAGGUGGAGCCCAGGGAGGAAGAGGGCCUGAGGAGCGAGGUGAGCCCACUGGGAGAGGUUCCAAAGAGUUACUGCAGGAUGCAGGAAGGCCUGGUCAGACCAAGGGGAAAUCUAAGAGCCAGAAGUCUCAGGAAGCUGAAGCCACCCCAGGAAAAGCCCCAGUCAAACCCACCCCAGCUAAAGACCUACAGGAGAGGGCAACACCCAACCCCAAGGUUAAGGCCACCGGGUCAAACUCUAGUAAAGACAAGGUGAGGAUAUAGAGUGUUAAGAGCAAUUGAAUAGGAAAUUUAGCUUGAUGCAAAGCUGUUUGAAUACCCCGUCCCAGUCCGAGUUGGAGCUUCCUUAUUAAAUGGAGGCAAUGAACUGUAGCCAACGGGUGGCACCUUGCUCCCUUGCAUUUUCACAAUGGCACAGUAGUAUAACCAUUCAUAGCACUGUCUAUCUAUCAGUGUCUCAAAUUUAGUAGUAGUAAUAGUAGUAGUAAGAUUGGAGUUAUAAUAACAAUAAACACCCUUUCUCACGUGUUCCCCUCAUCCUCUGCAGAGAGAGGAGGAGGUGACAGGCUCCAUGAUGAAGUUCAUCUCCAGCCACUACGAGAAAAGCACAUCCACCACCACUAAAUCCCCUGUAGAGUCUGUCCCUCGCUGGCCCCUUCCACCCACCAACAGGUACUGCAGCAACAGGUACUGCAGGAAACAAAACCAAGUGAACAUAUAACAUGGUAGAAUGAUGUGCAGGAGUUUGGUCUAGCGCAGCGGUUCCCAAACAUUUCCUUUCCGGGGACCACCAAAUCACUGUCAAAAGCUCUUGAGGACCACCAUUCGCAGAUUUGUGGAAAUCUUUUAAUAUAAAAUAUCUUAGCGGUCAAAUUUAAGUCAGUUUUAUCAGAGAAUAUAAUAAAAUGGCUAUUAUUACAGAUGGAUGUUUGUUAAACAAUUUGCAUUGUGAUAAGGACUACACACUCCCUCCCCCAAAGGAGACCGUGGUUCAAUCCCUGGCAAUGGUGUAAUAAUUAAAAUGGUCUUUCCUUUGUGGUAGAUCUGUUUUUGAGAAGAGUUGGUUGCCGCCGUCGAUGGUGAGUGCCUGAGGUGUUUUCUGAUUGAUAAACAGAAUAAGUAAUAUUCCUUUUAAUUGUAUGAAUUUAGGUAGCAGGACAUGGUAGCAGACCGAACAGCUACCUCUGGUAAGAUGAGGGGUGAUGGUGUGUUUCUAUUAGUCAAUAACAGCUGGUGCGCGAUGUCUAAUAUUAAGGAAGUCUCUAGGUAUUGCUUGCCUGAGGUAGAUUACCUCAUGAUAAGCUGUAGACCAAACUACCUACCAAGAGAGUUUUCAUCUAUAUUUUCCGUAGCUGUCUAUUUACCACCAUAAACCGAUGCUGGCACUAAGACCGCACUCAACGAGCUGUAUAAGGCCAUAAGCAAACAAGAAAAUGUUCAUCCAGAAGCGGCGCUCCUAGUGGCCGGGGACUUUAAUGCAGGCAAACUUAAAUCCGUUUGACCUCAUUUCUACCAGCAUGUCACAUGUGCAACCAGAGGGAAAAAAACUCUAGACCACCUUUACUCCACACACAGAGAUGCGUACAAAGCUCUCCCUCGCCUUCCAUUUGGCAAAUCUGACCAUAAUUCUAUCCUCCUGAUUCCUGCUUACAAGCAAAAACUAAAGCAGGAAGUACCAGUGACUCGCUCAAUAAGGAAGUGGUCAGAUGACACGGAUGCUAUACUACAGGACUGUUUUGCUAGCACAGACUGGAAUAUGUUCCGUGAUUCAUCCAAUGCCAUUGAGGAGUAUAGCACCUCAGUCACUGGCUUCAUCAAUAAGUGCAUCGACGUUGUCGUCCCCACAGUGACCAUACGUACAUAUCCCAACCAGAAGCCAUGGAUUACAGGCAACAUCCGCACCGAGCUAAAGGCUAGAGCUGCCCCUUUCAAGGAGCGGGACACUAAUCCGGACGCUUAUAAGAAAUCCCGCUAUGCCCUCAGAUGAAACAUCAAACAGGCAAAGCAUCAAUACAGGACUAAGAUUGAAUCCUACUACACCGGCUGACGCUCGUCGGAUGUGGCAGGGCUUGCAAACUAUUACGGACUACAAAGGGAAACCCAGCCGCAAGCUGCCCAGUGACACAAGCCUACCAGACGGGCUAAAUGCCUUUUAUGCUCGCUUCGAGGCAAGCAACACUGAAGCAUGCAAGAGAGCACCAGCUGUUCCGGACGACUGUGUGAUCAUGUACUCCGUAGCCGAUGUAAGCAAGACCUUUAAACAGAUCAACAUUCACAAGGCCGUGGGGCCAGACAGAUUACCAAGACGUGUACUCAGAGCAUGCGUGGACCAACAAGUGUGUUCACUGACAUUUUCAACCUCUCCCUGACCAAGUCUGUAAUACCUACAUGUUUCAAGCAGACCACCAUAGUCCCUGUGCACAAGAACGCGAAGGUAACCUGCCUAAAUGACUACCGCCCCAUAGCACUCACGUCGGUAGCCAUGAAGUGCUUUGAAAGGCUGGUCAUGGCUCUCAUCAAUACCAUCAUCCCGGAAACCCUAGACCCACUCCAAUUCACAUAUCUCCCCAACAGAUCCACAUAUGACGCAAUCUCAAUUGCACUCCACACUGCCCUUUCCCACCCGGACAAAAGGAACACCUAUGUGAGAAUGCUGUUCAUUGACUACAGCUCAGCAUUCAACACCAUGGUGCCCACAAAGCUCAUCACUAAGCUAAGGACCCUGGGACUAAACACCUCCCUCUGCAACUGGAUCCUGGACUUCCUGACGGACCGCCCCCAGGUGGUAAGGGUAGGCAACAACACAUCUGCCACGCUGAUCCUCAACACUGGGGCCCCUCAGGGGUGCGUGCUUAGUCCCCUCCUGUACUCCCUGUUCACCCACAACUGCAUGGCCAGGCACGACUCCAACACCAUCAUUAAGUUGGCUGACGACACAACAGUGGUAGGCCUGAUUGCCGACAAUGAUGAGACAGCCUAUAGGGAGGAGGUCAGAGACCUAGCAGUGUGUUGCCAGGACAACAACCUCUCCCUCAAUGUGAGCAAGACAAAGGAGCUGAUCGUGGACUACAGGAAAAGGAGGGCCGAACAGGCCCCCCUAAACAUUGACAGGGCUGUAGUGGAGCGGGUCGAGAGUUUCAAGUUCCUUGGUGUCCACAUCACCAACAAACUAUCAUGGUCCCCAGAUCCUCAAAAAGUUCUACAGCUGCACCAUGGAGAGCCAAAAAAAUUGUCAAAGACUCCAGUCACCCAAGUCAUAGACUAUUCUCUCUGCUACCGCACAGCAAGCUGUACCAGAGCUCCAAGUUUAGGUCCAAAAGGCUCCAUAACAGCUUCUACCCCCAAGCCAUAAGACUGCUGAACAAUUAAUCAAAUGGCCACCCCUGCCUUUGUUUUUACACUGCUGCUGCUCACUGUUUAUUAUCUAUGCAUAGUCACUUUACCCCUAUGUACAAAUUACCUCGACUAACCUGUACCCCGCACAUUGACUUCAGUUAAUUUAGUAAAUAUUUUCAUAACUCUGUUUUUUUAAAAUUGCAUUGUUGGUUAAGGGCUUGUAAGUCAUUAUUUCAUGGUAAGGUCUACACCUGUUGUUUUCGGCGCAUGUGACAAAUAAAAUUUGAUUUGAUUUGUAGGAUUUGUUAGGGUUGCAUAAGACUUGUUUUCCCCACAUGCAUUCACAAUCUAGUGACUGAAUUCUCUCCCCCAUAGGUGGGAACGGCAAAGGCCCCGGGAUAUAUGAAGUCCUACACUAACUCCAAGAAGCCCUCUGCACAUCAACAAGGGUAUUGCUUUUUGUCCAGUUUCAUUCAAAUUCUCCCCAUGGUGCAACACAACCAGUGUAUCUUAUAUUUGAUAAUAACCCAUGGCAACUUGUCUGAAAAAUGAAUUUAGCAAAAUCUAAAUUUCAGGGAUCUGAUUAAUCAGCAAUUUUUAUCAGGACAUCCUCCAUUCAAAUAUGAAAGAAAUGGACCUAUUCUUUAGACAAAAUCCAGAUGUUUUAUAAUUGUUGUAUUAUCUUGGCCUGAUCCCUUCCCUAAAAUGUUGAUUAUUAUUUCCUGUUUGUGCAUGGUAUUGUUGAUUUCAUCCAUUGUUUCUUUGUGUAGAGAGGACGUCUUUGCAUUCAAAGCGGACACACCUAUUACCACUGGGGUAAAUAAAUGUACAUUUGAUCUACGUAAAUCCAAUUAAUGAAUUAGGCCUACUAUUUGUUAGCAGACUUAGGUUCAAAUACUAUGUGAAAUAAUUUCAGAAACCUAAGCUGUGCUUGAUUGAGCUUGCCUGUUGCAAUGGAACCAAUAGAAAAGUCCCCAAAGUGCAAACACGCCCACCUAGCACUCCAGGCAGGCUAAAGCAAAUGCUUGAAGUAUUUGAAAGAUUUCAAAUAGUAUUUGAACCCAGGUCUGUUUGCCAUUUCUGCUUGUUCUCAUGCACCAGUGGAUGAUGGUUUCUAAUUCUCUGCUCUCUUUAGGGGAAGGGGAAAACGUCCUUGGACAGCUCUGACAUUGAUAGCAGGUAGGAGCCAUUUGAAGGCAGUACUCAUUUGGUUACAUCUGACUGGGACUCUUAUCUCAAUUCGUCUUUCCUUGAUUCCUUGUAUCCUCUCUCCUCGCCUCCUUCUCAAAACGCAAUGGAGAAGCCGUCCGUGGGGAGGGACCUUGGGGAGCUUCUCUUAAAAUAUGGUUGAGAAGGAGGCAAGUAGAGAGGAUGUGAGGAAUCAAGGAAUGAUGAAUUGAGAAAGACCCUGGGUCCCAUUUGUGUUAUAAUAUCGCCCUCUAGUGUUGCGGUAAAAAUAAUCUGUCAAGUCAAUGCGUGAUUCAGUGCUGUUUUUCUUUCCAGUACUAUCCAGAAAUCUUGGGUAAUCCCCAGCACUGCCAAGAAGGGCCCAGCCGUCAAGGUAUGGAGGCAAACACUUUGUAAUUGACACAAUGUGAUGGAGACUGCCUCCUUUUGUGUGUGUGUGUGUGGUUCUCUUACCUCGGUGUGUGAAGGUGUCUGUACUCUUGUCUUGUGUGUGUGUGUAUAUACCUGUCUGUGUGUGUGUGUGUGUGUGUGUGUGUGUGUGUGUGUGUGUGUGUGUGUGUGUGUGUGUGAGACUGGGUAUGUGCGUAUGUGUACAUUUGUAAACCUGUGUAUGUGUACCCGUGUGUGUGUGAACCUCACUGAGUUGUCUCUACGGUUCCAGGUGGCGGCUCCACGGUGCCACGUGAAGAAGCACCUGUUCAGCGACACAGACACAGACGCCAUGAUGGAGAUCAGCUGGCUCAAAGAGUCCAGCAGGAAGCCUAAGCCCAAAGUGAUCGACUACAGCCGUCAGCCCCGGCUCCACAACCCUGCCCCCGACACCACAUGUACGUGCUGGAAAUUUAAGGACAAUGUGAAAAUAAAAUAUCCAAGCCAGCACUGUAUGGUUUGGGUUGGUCCUAUAGUUUUAAUCAGUCUGUGUCUGUCUGUACGAAUGCUGUGUUGAGUGAACUCUCUAGUAGAAUGUAGCCUACACCUGCAUGUUGCACAAUAGUAUGGAAAUGUUUUGAAAACUGUAGAGUGAACUGUAGGCUAUGGCUGUGAUUCUCUCUCGCUGCCAAAUAUGUAUUUACUAUAUUCACCCUAUGCAACAUUGUUACAUUUAAUGAGAAUGUCUACUACUGUUGUGACAGACGUGAUUCUACUGUAGUGAUUGGCUAUUCCUCAUCAUUUGGGAUGAAUUGAUUGAACACCAUCAUUCAUCAUGUUUUGCUUGUGAGACCUUUAGAAUGAUUUGCUGUAAGUAGGUGUGAUAAUCUUGGAAACAACCUUUUGUUGGCAGCUGUAUGCUAAUAACUUUUUCUCUCUCUCCUCUUCUCUUCUCUUCUCUUCUCUUCUCUUCUCUUCUCUUCUCUUCUCUUCUCUUCUCUUCUCUUCUCUUCUCUUCUCUUCUCUGUUUUAGAUGAGUCCCCAGACUUACCACCUAGCUCACCCAAACAUGUGAAGGAGAAAGCCAAGCCAAAGAAGGUGAGACUGACAAUCCAAUAGUUUUAAAUCAGAGGGGGAAUCUCAAUGAGCAUGUGCGCACUUCGGGGAGAAGGGAUGGGGAAUCGGAACCAGCCUUGUACCUUGAAACCUUAGAAUCCAAAAUGAGUUCAUCGACCUUUCAUCCUUACUACUGCUCUGUUGCAACCUAGAAAUAUGAUUCCUAAAAUGGGCUUCCCCAUCCAAAUCAAUGGAAUGUAUGCUUGCAUCAGUGAGCAUUGCCCCAGUCGGCCACAGUGUGUCAUGCUUGCCUUUCAGAAGAGACAGAGGGUAAAGGAGAGAAGUGCAGAGCAGAAAGAGAACAGCGGAGCGGCACUGGUGGCGGCAGGGACCAGUCAAGCAGCCAGGAGGCCCCAGAGAGCCGCUGCCACCAACGCCAAGAGCUACAGGGAGCCUGACAGCGCCAGCCAAUCAGAGACUGAAGAGACGCCCACUUCUAAGGUCCUGCCUUCCUCCCUCACACAUCUGCCCUUUCUUUAUGAUUAGGUGCUAUCACUGAUUUAAAUAGAAUAAUUAAAUAAUGUAUUCAUUAAAUAAUAUAGGCAAUGUAUCUCUAUGGGCUCUAUGAGUUGACUUUAUGUUUCUCCUAGCCAUAUAAUUAUAUUUUGGUUGGUAGCCAAUAGUAAAGGUGAAAUCAGUUACAUUACACUACGUUAUAUUUUAGUUGUUUAGCUGGCAGACUAAAUUCAAUCAGAUCACAAUACAAUUAGUUGCGGUGGAGUAAAUAAUGGAUAAUUGUUUUUACCACUUUUUACCUGAGCAACUUGGAAUAAAAGUAACAACUGUACUAAAAGUAUGUUAUGGGAUUAUUUUCUCCCAACAGAAGCGCUCCAUCGGAUCAGCGGAAAAGAGCGAGAAGGUUUGUCAAGAGGCUGUCGGGGUGAAGAAGAAAAAGACGACCGCCUCGGCCAAGGAACAGACGAGACCGAAAGAGUCUUCUUGGACUGCCCAGCUGGCCUCUUUCAUUCCUUCCCCUCCUGCCAUUGAGAGGAUACGAGGUAAGGCAAACCCAGCACACCUACACCAACCAAGGACCAGUUGACCUGUGGAUUCUAUCCAUAGAAUGAUUCAAAUUCUGUGGUUCCGUCUCCAAUCUUUGAAAAAAUGAUCAUGUAAUUUUUUUGUUGGCACUACGCAAUCGCUGGCAAAUGUUAACUUUUUCUCCCAUUGACAUCAAUGCAUGACUAAGUGAAAAUGUGACUUAGUUAGGAUUCACCCCUUAGUUAUCCCUGGUGCAAUCACUCUGUCUAAGAAACCUAAGGGCUUAAUUAAAUAUGUUGCGCUGAAGAUUAGCUCUGUAGCGCGAUUUACAUUUAAAGGUCAUUUGCGAUUGAGCUGACAUAUGCAGCGUUUACCGUGAAUGCAGUCUCCGCCAACGUGGGAACAUUGCCCUUUUACAUUUCUAUCCGACAGUAGCGCAGGUCUUCAGUGCUACGGAUUGAAUCGAACCCUAACUUCAGUGUAGUACAGGGGUAUUCAAAUCUUACCAUACGAAGUUCGAAGUAAUGCUGAUUUUCUGUUCUACCUGAUAAUGAAUUGCACCCACCUGGUAUCCCAGGUCUAAAUCAGUUUCUGAUUAGAGGGCAAUAAUAAUAAAAAAGAAGUGGAACUGGCUUCAAGGUCCAGAUGUGAAUUUGAGGGGUGUAGUAGAUAUAAAACAUAUUUACUGUAAGUGGAUAUGAGGAAAAGUAUCUCUGUACUAUUGACCUCAAAGACCUUGGCCAGCUGUCUGAGCAUCUGUGGUUGUGUUUUGACCCCCAUGUAGCUGCAUCAGAGAGGUCGCUGGUAGCCUUACCCCGGUCGCCCCUCACCCCGCUGGGCUCCCUGUCCGCCUCCCCUGCCAGCGGCCCCUCUUCACCCCUUGCCCUGGCCCUGGACCUGCCCCCUGAACACCCUCGCAGCAGCACGGGCUUCCAGCCCUCCUCCUUCUACAGCGCCCCUGGGAGGAAGAGCGACCGCAAAGCUAAGGCUCCCUCUCUCCCAUCCCUCCCCUCUCUCCCAUCCCUUACUCCCACUGGCAAGACUCCUGGCCUCCGCGCCCAGAGACCCAGUGCCUUAGAGGUAAGAUACAGGACUGAUACUGCACCAAUGGGCCUUCUGACAUCUUUUAAAAAAUAAUGUAGAAUAAUAGUGAAGACAUCAAAACUAUGAAUUAACAUAUAUGGAAUCAUGUAGUAACCAAAAAAGUGUUAUACAAAUCAAAAUAUAUUUUAUAUUUGAAAUUCUUCAGAGUAGCCACCCUUUGCCUUGAUGACAGCUUUGUACACUCUGGGCAUUCUCUCAACCAGCUUCAUGAGGAAUGCUUUUCCAACAGUCUUGAAGGAGUUCCCACAUAUGCUGAGCACUUGUUGGCUGCUUUUCCUUCACUCUGCGGUCCAACUCAUCCCAAACCAUCUCAAUUGGGUUGAGGUCGGGUGAUUGUGGAGGCCAGGUCAUCUGAUGCAGCACUCCAUCACUCUCCUUGGUCAAAUAGCCCUUACACAGCCUGGAGGUGUGUUUUGGGUCAUUGUCCUGUUGAAAAACAAAUGAUAGUCCCACUAAGCACAAACCAGAUGGGAUGGCGUAACGCUGCAGAAUGCUGUGGUACCCAUGCUGGUUAAGUGUGCCUUGAAUUCUAAAUAAAUCACGACAGUGUCACCAGCAAAACACCCCCACACCAUCACACCACCUCCUCCAUGCUUCACGGUGGGAACCACACAUGCGGAGAUCAUCCAUUCACCUACUCUGCGUCUCACAAAGACACGGCGGUUGGAACCAAAAAUCUCAAAUUUGGACUCAUCAGACCAAAGGACAGAUUUCCACUGGUCUAAUGUCCAUUGCUUGUGUUUCUUGCCCCAAGCAAAUCUCUUCUUCUUAUUGGUGUCCUUUAGUAGUGGUUUCUUUGCAGCAAUUCGACCAUGAAGGCCUGAUUCACGCAGUCUCCUCUGAACAGUUGAUGUUGAGAUGUGUCUGUUACUUGAACUCUGUGAAGCAUUUAUUUGGGCUGCAAUCUGAGGUGCAGUUAACUCUAAUCAACUUAUCCUCUGCAGCAGAGGUAUCUCUGGGUCUUCCUUUCCUGUGGCGGUCCUCAUGAGAGCCAGUUUCAUCAUAGCGCUUGAUGGUUUUUGCGACUGCACUUGAAGAAACGUUCAAAGUUCUUGACAUUUUCCAGAUUGACUGACCUUCAUGUCUUAAAGUAAUGAUGGACUGUCGUUUCUCUUUCCUUAUUUUAGCUGUUCUUGCCAUAAUCUUUUACCAAAUAGGGCUAUCUUCUGUAUACCACCCCUACCUUGUCACAACACAAUUGAUUGGCUCAAACGCAUUAAGAAGGAAAUAAAUUCCACAAAUUAACUUUUAACAAGGCACACCUGUUAAUUGAAAUGCAUUCCAGGUGACUACCUCAUGAAGCUGGUUGAGAGAAUGCCAAGCGUGUGCAAAGCUGUCAUCAAGGCAAAGGUGGCUACUUUUAAGAAUCUCAAUUUGUUUAACACUUUUAUGGUUACUACAUGAUUCCAUAUGUGUUAUUUCAUAGUUUUGAUGUCUUCACUAUUAUUCUACAAUGUAGAAAAUACUAAAAAAUAAAGAAAAACCCUGGAAUGGGUAGGUGUGUCCAAACUUUUGACUGGUACUGUAUAUAUAUACUGUAUACAUAUUCUGUUUAUUGGGAUUUUUCUGUAUUUGUCUACAAAAAGAAACAGUUGGAGAAAUUGAUCGAUUUUCUUCCCACAAUCGACAGAAGUUAAAUUCGUCAGUCAAACAGUGAAAAAAAACCCCACCUACCCCCGUUAAACAAUGCAUACAGAGUUAAAUAAUACAAUAACACAGUAGAUUAAAUAAAGAUGUGACAAAAUCUCGUCUGACAACUUUUGAGGUGGAAUUUAUAGGUGUCUUUUUUACUCGAGAGUUGUUGAAUUGAGGAAGUGUGACCGUAGCCCGCGGAAACAACUUUCAUGUAAAUUCCCCCCAUCCUACUGUGUGCUGUGUGUGCAGCUGGUAUUGGUACUAAUAGAACGUAGCCUACACAUGCAUGUUGCACAAUAGCAUGGAAAUGUUUCGAAAACUGUAGAGUGAACUGUAGGCUAUGGCUGUGAUUCUCUCUCGCUGCCAAAUAUGUAUUUACUAUAUUCACCCUAUGCAACAUUGUUACAUUUAAUGAGAAUGUCUACUACUGUUGUGACAGAUGUGAUUCUACUGUAGCGAUUGGCUAUUCCUCAUCAUUUGGGAUGAAUUGAUUGAACGCCAUCGUUCAUAAUUUGUUACUUGUGAGACCUUUAGAAUAAUUUUUUACAAUUUUGCUGUAAGUAGGUGUGAUAAUCUUAAUAACUACCUUUUGUUGGCAGCUUUAAGCGAAUAACCAGUAUUUUUCUCCUAAGUUACUUACAUACCAGACCAACUAUCCCUAUUGGCUUCCCACAUACUGUACAUCUCUCGGUCUCUCUCUCUCUCUCUCUCGCUCUCUCUCUCUCUCUCUCUCUUUCUCUCUCACUCUUCCUCUCUGCAACCCCAGCUGAGUCCAAUCCAGCCCGCUCUCUCCCUGGCCCAGUGUCCCCUCCUCUCCCCUCCCUCCCAGCCCCUCUUGACCUCCACGGCCCUGCAGAUGUCAACGCUGCCCUCCCCUCUCCUCCAGUCACAGCCCUCUCCAGGAGAGACGGAUCAAUUCGCCCUCCAUUUUGGCUCCCCGGGCCAGCUGGGCCUGCCCGAGUCCUUCGCCAAGGAGUCGCUGGUCUCCAGAGUGAAGCUGAGCCAGUCCUCGUCCAGGUCAGAGAUGUCAUCGACCCGAGUGGAGGUGGUCAACCCGGCAGCCCUGACAACCGCACUGGAGGUACGGAUACCAAGGGCCAGUAUGCUAGAAUUAAGCCUAGUCCUAAAAAGUUAUUUCAAUGCAGAUUCUCCAUUGAGCAUGCAUUUUCGCCCAGUACUAGGCUUAAUCUGUGUCCGGGAAACAGGGUUUAUGGGUAGGAGGCACUAAUUUAAAGUGUCUGCCCGAACCCUUCAUAAGCAGGAAAUAACUCUAGGGCUGCGUCUGAAAUAGCACCCUUUUCCCUAUGUAGUGCACAAUUUAUGACCAUGGGGCUCUGGUCAAAAGGAUUGGACUAAUGCCAUAUUUGUAACGCAAACUUCUGGGUUAACAAAUGACUGUGUUUCCCCCUAGAAAACUCCAUACUCUGAGCGAGGGCACAAGCUGGACCAACGUAGCUUUCACCUGUCAGGUAAAAGACCACAGCUGUAACCCCCUGAAAGAAAAUGCUCUUAUUAACACCUGUGUCCACAAAGAGAAAGAUGGGCGGUAACAAUGAUGGGGAGAAAUUGUCGUUUCAGCUAAACUUGUAAUUUAGCAUCAUAUGGUCUAGGCUGGUUUGUUACAGCCCGACCGAUAUGGGAUUUCUGGGUCCAAUAAUGAUUUUAGGGAGGCAAAAGUUACCAAUUACCGAUAUAUCUGCCGAUAUAUUGUUUUUUAGAGGUGGAAUGAAAAAUCAUCAACCAGAUUCAGCCACGGGCCAAUUUUUUCUUGAGCGGAUGGUCGGGGGGCCGUAACAUAAUUACAGAUAAGUUAUAGACUGCAAAUUGACCUCAAUAAGCCCAAACAGAUAUAAUAUUUUACUAAAACAUAAUCAUUUCAAACCUUGCUUACAUUUGUAUACGAUCACUUGUCUCUCUAUUAUGCGUGGGAAAACUUGGGAACAGAUUUCCAAAAUUAAAAACACUUGGAGCUGAUUUCCUGGUGUUUUAUGUCCAACAAUGAAUAUUAUUAUGUUUUUGCACAGAAAAUAUAAAUAUCAAAGUAAAUACAAAACACAUGUUCAGUUUACCUUCUUAGGUACAAUUUAAACAUGUGUCUAUGGCAGUGGAUAAGAAUGCAGAAGUGUUUGUGCUGAAGCACUACAAGCACACUAAUAAACAAGAAGCUGAAUGAAUUAAACAAAGUAAAUCUGAAACUGCACUGUUCACAACCAAUGCAGUGAAAUGCAGUAACAUGCAGUUUUAAUGUCACCAAGAGGUGUCAGCGUCAGCAUUUGUAUUGAGAGCAUUCACUACAGUGCUUUACAGAGGUCAUGGAAACAGACACUCUAUGGCAACCUUGCAAUGAGAGCGUGUUAUGUUAUUUUAUAGCUCAACGGUUAUGACAAGCAUGUUCUAGCUGUUCAUUGCGACAAUGUUUUCUUGCUGAAACCAUAAUGUAAAUGACACUGUUAUUCAAUACAAAGUCUACUGGCUAUAUAUUUCAACUGCAAAUGACAUGCGCUGAUGACUGAAAACGUUAAUGCCGGAAAAUGCUUGCCACACUGGUUUUAGUCACACACGUUCUAGCAAGUGAGGAAUGUGCCUUCUAAUCUGCUGGUCUAGCGAUGGUUCUGCUGCUGCUAAUUUCAUGGCAAAGUUUGUAAAUAAUAGAUACAAAUUAUAUACUUACUUAUGAUAUACUUCUGCCAGGUUAAGCCUACCGGUACUUUGCAGUUAACAUUUAAAUGAGGUGUUAGUGAAAGCAUUUCUGUUAACCAACAAGACGGUUAUCACAUCAACUGGCUACACACGGAGUGAUAGACAAACGUGCACACCACAAAGACAGACGGGGGCAAUAUUGCUGGAAAUUAAUUGGCAGAUAUUGUGUUAGGUUUUUAAUUUUUAAUCCAGAGGUGGGAUAAUGUUGCGUUGAUUAGAUAGUAGCUGGGAGCUUGCGGUGUCUGAUACUUGUGAGAUUUCUUUAUGACAGUUUGCAGUGGAACAUGUGAGAAGUGCAUGUACUUUCAAAAUAAUUUGGCGAGCUACUCAUAGGUUGGCUGCGAGCUACUGGUAGCUCGUGAUCGACCUGUUGGAGACCCCUGAGCUAGGCUAACUACAGUAUCUUGCUGGCUAGAUAGAGCCUAACUACAUUACUGGCCAGCUAACGUUAACUAAGUGAAAAUGUGAUGAGGACAGGGGCGUAUUCAUUAUGUCGAUUCUGUUGAGAAAAAAAAAGUUUCUUAAACGGAAUGAAACGGGGAGGGACCUACCUGCAUUUGUCCAAAAUAAACUAUAAUUUUAGUUGUGCAACUGUUUGGCUAAUGAUUACACCCCUGGGGUGCUUGGUUGGUGAAGUGUACUUUUUAUAAUUUACUUGUUCAAAUACGCUGUCGCUGGCUGUGGCAAGCUACUCACCGUCAAACCACUAUGCCUACUCCCUCUCACAUCGUGAUUUAGGGCUGAAUGAUGUGCAAUGAGCAGAUCGUAGAGCGCCCUCUUCAGGCAACCAUUAAAUAGGCAGAUAAUAUCAGUCCACCAGUUUAUAGGUCGGGCUCUACUGGUUUGGUCUGGUUCAAUCGUUUGGUUCCCCUCUCACAGGCCCCUGCUCCGGGCGCAAGCGCCACAACUCCCGCCCCUCGCCCAGUAACUCGGAGGAGGAGGAGGGAAAGAGGGGCACACGAAGAGGGGGGCAGGCGGUCAAGAUGAGGCCCAGGAAACUGUUUAAACCCAGUGAGAAUGACAUUUAAAUUAUUAUACUUUUAUUCAACAAUAUAUGCUUUUCAUGUGUUCUCAUAAUUGGCGAACCAGUUCUCACUUCAUAAAAUAGCCCUUUAUUCAACUAAUUUCUCUUUCAUUCAAUUAUUUCCAUCCACUUCAGCAGCCAAGCCCAACCUCCACGCUCAGGCCCAGGCAUGGGAGGAACAGAGCAGCUCUGACGAAGAGGAGGAAGAGGAGAAGAAAGGACGAGGAACAAAGGACAGGGCCUCGCGGGCAAUCACGAAAAGAUAUCAUCACAUCCAGAGUAGCAAGAGCGCUCGUGACACAGGUACAGCCAUAGAAUUGAAUAGAACACUUAAAUGUGAUGCAUCUCUAUGGGUACAGCGAUCUACAAAACCUUAGGACAAACAGCUCCACCCGCCCACAUGGUUUUUCAGAACAAGCCGUAGGUCUCACAAAAGGCACUGCUGUUGAACUCAUAAUUAUAGUAAUGAUUAGUCAAACCAACAGCCAUAUUUAUCUUAAAGGUGCAAUAUGCAAAAAUCGCUCUGCCAUUUCCUGGUUGCUAAAAUUCUAAUAGUUCAUCUAAUUUCAGUUUGUGACAAAACAAGCAAUUGUAGAUAAUCAUUGUAGCAUCUAAACCACUGAAAUAUCUUUUCAAUAACCAAAAUAUUGUAUUUUUAUCUGUUUGAAGCUGGUGUACAAAACCAAAAGUAAAAGAUGCAAAAACUAAACUUAAGAACGGGAAGCAUAGAAAUAGUGCACAUAGAACAGAUAUACAGCUUCUUAGACUUGCUUUCAAUGAGAUUGACAGAUCUAUAACUCAGAUUUCUAUGUGAUUUUGUUCGGGUCGCCCAAAAAGUUACAUAUUGCAGCUUUAACUCAUUGAGCAGUUUGAAGUUUGGAGAAGGACGCACCUGCACAUCCAGUAGAUAUGUGUGUCAGAUGGGGUGGGUGCUGUUGUUAACAUACUAUGCCUCUUUGUGGGUUUGUUCAUGACUGCAUGUGUGUGUGUUCGUAACUGUAUAUGCCUGCAUUUGUGUGUCGUCCCUAGUCAUGGACGUUUCUCCGGAGGGGGACCUGAGUCGGGUGGUGUCGUCCCACAUGGUGACGUCGUCCAGCUGGGAGGCCGACGUGGACAUGGAGGCCGAGGUGGAGGGGGAGCUGGGUCGCCCCCCUCACGACAUGGGCAACGUGUGUCGCCAGUUCAGCUCCGAGCUCCAGAGGAAAUUCCAGGUUGGACCCAUAGAAAAUAGAAUGCUGCUUUUACUUCCUGCUUUACUGCAAUGGGUACACUCAAUAUGGCCGCUGGUCCACCCAUCACUGACCCGUUGACUUCAAUGGGAAGGAAAUCAAUUUCUUUGGUUGGACACAAACUCACAGGAGAAUAUGUUUCUAAACAUUUCUACAUUAAUGUGGAUGCUACCAUGAUUAUGGAUAGUCAUGAAUUAAUAGUGAAUAAUGAUGAGUGAGAAAGUUACAGACGCACAAAUAUCAUACUUCCAAGAAAGACAUUGAUGAUAAUGCCCUUUUAGUGUAAGAGCUGUUUGAAAAGACCGCCUGAUAUUUCAGCCUGUUUUGAUGGGAGGGAGUUUUGGCCUUCCACGGUGACAUCACCAGGCAGUAAAUUAGUUAAUAGACCAAUAAGAAAGAGAGUUCCAAACCUUUCUGCCAAUAACAGCUAGUUUUCAGUUUUCCCCUCGUCCUUCAAACCACUCUCAGACAAUCCUACAAAAUUCUUCCUUGAGAAAUUGCUCUUUGCUAAGAAGUUAUUUUUCUUUAUUUUUGACCAUUUUAAUUGAAAACAAUCACAGUAAGGUACUUAAUAGUUACCCAGAAAUGAUAAAACAUUUAGAUAAAAACGGCUGCUUUGGACCUUUAAAGGAUCACAUUUGGGAUCUAGCUAAGGAAUAAUUAUAACAAAUAAUUUUACCAAUAUGUUUUUGGGCUCAUUUCUGGAGGUGGAAAUUAUAUUUUAGAUGGUGUCAGCAUCAUUUUAUUUUAAUUCAUUUUGGAUGAAAAUGUCCUUUUAAAAAGUAACCUGAACUGAGCUUCUCAGACCUACAUAAAAAAUGAUCCAGGGUGGACCCCGGGCCUCCAAAACAAGGUGGGGAGGGACACCCCCCCGAUACCUUUUCCCCCGAUACCUUUUCCCCCACUGCUACAACAUUUUCCAGAGGAAGCACUGCUGUAGGCUACUUUCGAAACAACACUGUAUAACUCAAGAAGAUCUAAAUGCAUAUCCCCAUAAACGGAUUGAGAUCAAAUGGUUGGUAUGCAGAUGCUCCAUGGACGUUUCACCGGUAAAACUUCAAGAAUUAUCAUUCAAAUGUGAAGGGAAGGCGACCACAAAAAUGUGUGCAUGAAGUAGAGGUAAGGAAACACAUGCACAGAAGCGUCAGGAUCUUUACUCCGGAGAAAGAAAGGUCCAGAUCCACAGCCACUGCCUUUUUAAAAACCUACUGUUUUCGUGAGGCCCCAGUGUAGCUCCCCUGUAGAAGUGCCAUAGGCCUUUAAAUGGGUAAUUCAGGAUUUUACAACUUGAUGUUAGAUGAUUCCUUACCUUGAAAGUAGCCAAUGAGCCAGGAGAAACUGUAAUCCAUGGUUCAGUUUUCUCUAAACAGCCACUACAAUCUUCAGCUAACUUUAGCCACCACUAGCUAACAAUCAAUGGAAGUGAAUGGGGCAUGUGUGCAAUUGUUAUAAUUUCCUGGCCAAAUCAUCUCCAUAUUUGGUUUGAUGUCACUUAAAGGUGAUUUUGCCUUUGUGUGAUGAGGAUUUUGUAUUCUAUGGGAGACCCUAAAUAUGUUCUACUUACCUCUGUUACGUGUGUCAGAAUCGUUCCAGGCGUAUGGAGCUGUACACCAAGCAGUCUCUGAAGACCGUCCAGCAGCACGUCUCUUCCAUCAGCGUGCAAGUUCACAACUACAGGUCAGUUAGUACACAAGUAUACACUACAUAGUGAGCUGGCAACCGCAGGGUUACUGACAUCAAUAUCUCAGGUGCCACUGACUGCCUAUGUGCCCUUGAGCAAGGCACUUUUAACCCUUUACCUGCUCCAGGGGCGCUGCUCUGUGGCUGACCCUGUGCUGCUCCCAGCCUGUUGUGUAUGUUGUGUGUGGUGGGGCUGGGUACUGUGACAGCAAAAUGUACCAAAUGUCCAUUGUCUCUGUAUAAUCGACCAAUAAAGAUUGCAUUGUGUAGUAUACAAGAACAUGUCAAUCUCUCUCUGUGACAGAUUGUGGACAUGCAAUCUCCCUUGGUCUCCUCGAUCUCCCCCUUCCCCUCCUCCUUCCCCUGUCUGUGUGUGUAGGUCUCAGAAGCUGGAACAGGUCAAGGGCGUUCUGCUGAAUGAGAUCAACAACUUGGAGGAGGACGAAUCCACUCUAAAGAACAUGGAGAAGGAACUGACUGUAGGGUUACUUACAUUACAUUGACAUUGUAGUCAAUUAGCAGACGCUCGUUCGGUCGCAUGUAUGUGGUGGAAACUAACCAGGGCCCGUAUAAUAUGGAUAUCUGCAUUCCUUUUAAAACGGUAAACCAACCUAGCCCAACAGAUUUAACGUUGUUGAACUCUUACAUUAACAGUACUUAAUAGUAAGAGACCUCCCUGACAAUGCAGUAUACCGGUAUAACCAAUAACACAACCCUUUCACGUUUGGUUUGUCUAUGGGAAACCCUCCCAGGCUUUAGUUGACUGUAUGUUGAUUUAAUCAGUGUUAUCAAUUCACUUCUCUCCCCUUAGACAUACUGGAGGAAGCAGUCUGUGGCUUUCCACUCCUACCAGGAGAAAGAGACUAGAAGGUGAGUGUGUGUGUGCGUUUUUUUUUCUGCCAUAUUCAGGGUGUGUGAAAAGUCCCAGGUGGGGACAUUUUGUUCCACCCGCUCAAAUGGACACACUGCAAAGAUUGCAAUCUAGCCUCUUGUCAUCCCUUGCUCCAUUUCAAAAGGACAACAUAACACAUUGCAUCAUUUUUUUAACCUGGGGGAAAUUAACUGUGACCAAAAAUACAAGUAUCUCUGUUGUUAAUGUUAUUUGUUUUUUCCGGGAUGUGGUCAUAGCAUGCCUAUUCACAUGACUGUGUAGAACUAAAGGACAGUAUCUCAAACUUAUCUCAAACUGGGUCAAAGUUCUUAAAAAAUUUGCUAUAUGCAAUUUAUCAGGGUUGGGGUCUAUUUUAAUUGAGUCAAUUUCAGGAAGUAAUUGAAAUUUGAAUUCAGUAAUCGGAAAAAAUUGAGUAUUUUCAAUUACUUCUCGUUUAGCUGAAAAGGAGAAGCUAUUAUAUUUGUCUUUCAAAAUAUAUAUACAUUCAAAUCACAUGCUGAAUUGAGUGACUUCAAUUCGAAUUGACCCCAAUCAAGCAAUUUAUGAAUUGUGCCAAAGAUUAGAUUAGGUGGUGAGAAAACACAGAAAAGAUACUUCUGGGCCCGUAUUCACAAAGCGUCUCAGAGUAGGAGUGCUGAUCUAGGAUCAGUUUUUGCCUUUUAGAUCAUAAUGAAUACAAUUAUAUGGAUAGAUCCUAGAUCAGAACUCCUUCUCUGAGACACUUUGUGAAUACAGACUAGAGCUGGGCAAUAUGGACAAAAAUCCAUAUUGCGAAAAACUGCCUGAAUUGGUGCGAUAACGAUAAAUAUAAUUUAUGGAUUUUAUAACAUUGUGCACUAUUUUUGUUUUUUAUCCUUUAAACUACUACUACUGCUACUAGUUUGAUUGUUGUAGCCAUCAAUUGUCCCAAUAACAAUCACCCAUAUUAGCAAACUUAUUUCAUUUCAAACUUUACAUUUCUCCAGUAUAGGCUACUUAUCGUAAUGAACGAAAUCAGCAAAAUGCCUACGAUAAGUGAUCGGUAUGGUCAGUGUCGAUAAUUUUCGGUUUAUCGUCCCAGCUCUAACCCUGACUUCUCUACUUUAAACAGUGCAACACCACUGUGAGGUCAUGCCCCUGAUACAUUCAUGUCCCUCAUUAUUCUUUAUUAUUCACAACACCAAAAAAACACACAAAUGUGAAAGUGGUAUGGAUUUAGUAUUUUAAUAUUUCAUUUUCUCUUCCCUCUGUCUCCCGCUCGCUCUUUCUCUCACCCAUGGCUCAUUUGCUCUUUUGUGUGCUCUUUUUUUUACAUUUCGUUCUUUGCCCUCAGACUACAGAGCCUCAAGAGCACCUUCCAAACCGAUGUGUGUCACAGCUUGGAGUACGAGGAGAGGAUCUUCACCUCUCAGGUGUGGACAUCCAACUUAGCGGCCAGACUUCCAUCUAAAAACUUCAAGCCCCUACUCCUAAACUUCCCCUACUUCAUUAACUGA